AUGCCUCUCCUCAAGGGGAAGAUGCGCCAGGAGGAAGACUCCGACUCGGACGAAUCCUUCCACUGCUGUGGAAGACCAGAGGACCUCCUUGAAGAUUUCCGAUCCUCGAUGGAAGCUCCCAAACCGGAUGGGAAUGAAAUAUGUGUCCCCGAAGAUCAAGAGUACUACCUCUACUCCGCCGGCCUUGAACGCCAGAAAUCCCCUGGCAAUGGACCAAACCGCGGCUCAUGUUCCUCCAUUCACGCCAUCCCACGCUGCUCAACUGUCUAUUCCUCUGAUUCCGACCGCACUCGGGUCGCAAGCCCUCUCCUCAUCAUCAAGACCGGUGAGACGGUCUUGCCAUCAUCUUCACCCGACAUCAGGAACAUUAGAGUUCAAUCGGGCCAACCUAGCGCGGCUCCCAAGCCAAAGAAGAAGCAAAAAUGGAAGAUCCUCAUCCGUCCCCCCCAGAGCUUUCUCCGAAUGGCCAUCAGCCCGAGCGAAGAUUGCCCGCCAAGCCCUGAGCUUCCAACUGCCGAAGCCUCAGCUCUUCACGGCCCUCCACCAUCAACAUCUUCUCGUCGUCGACGGGGACUGGUUUUCACUCCGAGCAGCCUUCCUCAGGAACUCAAGGAAUUGGCCAAGACUGAAGAUUCAGAUGGAAGUGGAACUUGA